AUGGAUGCCAUUUCAUUUGUGUUGGGUAUUCGUGGAUCAAAGCUUCGUUCCGCUGAUUUGAAAGACCUUAUAUACUCUGAGACUGCAAUGCAUGAGGAUCGCGAUAAAAACAUCACAAAGGAUAGCCCUUCGCGAGCCAGUGUCACUGCCGUAAUUGAAGAUGUGAAGCAUUCGGAACACAGGUUCCAGCGAACAGUCACGGCUAACGGUUCCUCAGAAUACCGGUAUAAUGGACGAAUUACAACUCAAAAUUCCUAUAUGGGAAAACUAGAACAACUCAACAUUCUUGUAAAAACCCGAAAUUUCCUAGUGUUUCAAGGCGACGUGGAAUCCAUUGCUGAGCAAUGCUCCAAAGACCUUAGCGAUCUUCUUGAUCAUGUAAGCGGGUCUCGUUCAUUGAAACUAGAAUACGAUCGUGCUCACACAGCAUACGACGAAGUGUCCGAACAGUCUGCGGGCCUUGUGUCAAAACGCAAACUUUUACAAGGUGAACUUCGACAAGUCCGGCAACAUAAAGAGGCAUCCGAUCGAUUUGGUGUACUGAAAGCAGAUUUGCAUUACCAUACUAUUCAAAAAAUCUUAUGGCGGUUAUACCAUAUCCAGGAAAUCAUUGAAAUUCACAGUGAUUGGAUUGAGGCACAUGCUUCUAGAGGUGAACAGUCGCGUAAACGUCUUUUCGAGAAAGAGCAGCUAUUAGCAGAAGCUCGCAAAUUGCUGGGGAAUGUUCAGCAAACCAAACUAAAUUUGGAAAACGAAAGAAAACAUGUUAUUCGAUCUUUAGACACAAUAAGACCGGAAAAAGAAAGACUAGUUGAGCGUAUCGACCACGCAAGUCGCAAACUAGAGCAAGCACAAUUCUUAUACAGUCAGGCCAACAAAGAUCAUGUUGCCCAAAAAGAAGCGCUUGUGCAUCUCGAAGAUGAUACAAACCUAGUGCAAAAAUGUUCAGAGCAGAUCAAGCGCGAUCAAGAAGCUGCGUUAGCGAAUACAUCAAUUAAACUGAGUGAGGUCGAUCUUCAAACAUACCACGACCUGAAAUUGAAGAGCCAAAGCACAGUUGAAGGAGAGAGAUCUCGUGUUGAACGCCUGCAGCGCGAGUCUCGUGAGAGACAAAACGCUUUGGAAGCCGAACAAGAUCGGAUUCAGGAAGCGGAUACAAGGAUUGAAAGACUCAAUCAACAAUUGCAAUCCCUGACUGAAUCAUUUACAGUUCUGGAGCGACGAGAGCCAGAAAGCGCUGAGAGCAUUGAAAGAUCUAAGACUGCUUUGGCUGAGCUACAAAGGGAAAAGGAACGUAUUAUUCUGCGUGAAAGGGAAUUAAAUGAGGUAUUGGUAGGCUGCUACAAUCGACUUUUACGAAUGGGCCAAGACCAGCGUGUUCAUGAGCGCGAGACACGCUUGCGAGAAUCAUUGCGCUCAUUGCGGACGAUUUUUUCCGGUGUGCAUGGUCGGCUCAUGGACCUUUGCAAGCCGACUCAGCGGAAGUAUGAAUUAGCUAUUGCAACUGCUUUGGGGCGAAAUGCCGAGGCUGUGGUAGUCAACCAUGAAAAGACCGCAGUGGAAUGUAUUGAGUAUUUGCGAAAUCAGCGAGCAGGUCAAGCCACUUUUAUCCCCCUCGAUACAAUUCAAACAAAACUAAUCAAUGAUCGACUUCGAAGCUUAUCGCCACAAGCCCGGCUUGCAAUUGAUGUGAUUCAGUUUCCGCCUGCCGUGGAACGAGCUGUUCACUAUGCAUGCGGGAAUACAAUGGUCUGCGACACACUGGAUGUCGCGCGCAACAUUUGUUAUGAACGUGGACAGCGAGUGAAAGCGGUGUCGCUCGACGGCACCAUUAUUCACAAAACAGGUAUGAUCACUGGUGGUCCCUCGAUGCAAGAGACGAUCAAAAAAUGGGAUGAUCAAGAAAUGCAGGGAGUCCAACGUGAGCGAGAUCGAUGUAUGGCUGAACUAAAAGAACUUCAACAUCAGAAAUAUAGCCUUGAGGAAGAAGACGAUCUAGUUGCCGUUCUUUCUCGAGCACAAGCCUCUCUCCAAUCGAUCGAAGCUGAGAAGUCUGACUUGUUGCGACAGAAAAACGAUUUGGUGACUGAAUGUACAGAAUUGGAGCUGCGAAAAAAGUCGGCACAAACUGUGGUUGAAAAAACCAAUUCAGCUUUGACGGAACUAUCGUCCCAAAUCUCACACUUAGAGAAGGUCAUUUAUGCGGCCGAUGACGAAGUGUUCAGAGAAUUUUGCCUUCGAAUUGGUGUCGAAAAUGUUCGUGAGUACGAAGCAAAUCAACUCCAAUUUUCUCAGACUUUAAAUGCUGCCACGCAGCAAUACCAGCGUCAGUUGGCUCGGCUCGCACAUCAGCGUACUUUCACUGAACAACAAGUGAAAAGUACUGCUGCACGGCUUGAGUUCAUUCAAGCUACUAUCGACAAAGAGAUGUAUCGCAUCCCACACCUGAAAGAAGAGUUGCGCCGCUGUGAGGACCAGAUGCAUAGUCUACGCGAGUCUAAAGUACGUAUUGAUGAAGCCCUUCAGUCUGCAAGGCAUGAGCACACAGAGAAGAGUGAUGCGCUGAAUGAAAAGCGGAAGAUCGUAUCAAAUGCGAUGCGUGACGUCGAUGCUCACCGCAAAGAGGUGGCCGAGAGGAACGACGAAAUUGCCCAACUAGAUGCAGAGCGAGCUAACAUGUACCGGCGAUGCCGACUAGAGGCUUUGGACUUGCCCCUGAUAUCUGGCGACUUAUCUAGUGUGCUUUUGGAAGAGAAUGUUCAAGUACCUGGACCCGAGGCUGAUGAUGCGGUACAGCCGUGCCGUUCAUACGAUAUCACCGUGGACUUUUCCAGUUUGUCUGACGCGGAUCGUAUGGAUCGUGGUUCAAGCAGAGAGAGAGAACUUCAACGUCGGAUUGAUUCAGCACGUGAAGAAAUGGAGAAUCUGACACCCAGUACCAAUACAGCUGAGCGACUCGAUUCGCUAGAGAAAGAGCUCCAAGCCUGUGAGCGCGACAUUGAUGAUUGCCGAGAACAAGUGCGAGACGCGCGUGAAGAAUUUGAGCUUGUAAAGAAGAAGCGCACAGAUUUGUUUAUGAAGGCAUACAAUCACAUUGCCGAACGUAUUGACGGCGUUUAUAAAGAGCUCACUAAAACUAAAGCCGCUCCCAUGGGUGGUGUUGCCUACCUAACUCUGGAAGAUUCGGAUGUGCGUUCUAUGGAUAUGCUGACGACAGGAACCUUUUCGGACAGGAAUCCGCUUCCAUGCGAUGCCCCCUAUGAAACGUUUCCGCGACAUGGAUCAACUUUCAGGCGGCGAAAAAACUAUGGCAGCAUUGGCUUUGCUAUUCGCCAUCCAUACGUAUCAGCCAGCGCCUUUCUUUGUGCUGGAUGA